GAUGUGACUCUUGCUGCAUUUAAGAUCCUUUAAAGGUGAAGCCCAUGAUUGCACUAGCCUCAUUUGCGAGGCUCUGGAUUGGGUCUCUGUGUCAAGACAGGAGGGCUAAUGACCCUGCAAGCUUUUGGAUCGACAUUUCACCGUUGACUGCCGAAGCGUCGUUUGGCAAUACGUGGAGUGAUCGCAUGCUCAUUCUCGUGCAAAUUGCUUUACCAUGUGUUCAGUUUGUCUAUCGCUCGGCUGGGCUGUAUUAUCUGCAAACCCCUUCGAUCAGGGGCAUGUCAGUCGCUCCGCAGCCAUCUCAAAAUGAGCGCACCGCAAUGAGUGGACCUGAUAAUCUACCAAUCAGUCGGCCUCGUCCUUGAGGCGUUGGAACAUGCCAUUAAAUUUGAUCGAACAAACCUCGUGCUAGACUCGGAAAGCCUCAGUCCCGUAACCUGCCAGACGACUCUCCGCAAAGCAUCCAAUACGAUUCAGCACACUCGUGAACCAAAUAACAAUAAAUGCAUUAGUGCCAUGCAAA